AAACCGUCCGAGCGAUUUUGCCGCAACCGCCCAUUACGACCGGCGAUAAAUCGCGACGCCCUUUUUAACGGAUGGGCGUGGUUCGUUCACGCCCCCGGUUGCAGCGGGGCCUGUUUUGGGAGGCGACGGGAGAGUGAGAGCGGAGUAAUGGCCACGAUAAGGCGCCAGGUGGAAGAGGGAGGAAGGGGGUCAGUCUGUGCGAUGUUGUCCCAUGCGGAUUCAUGGCCGUGCGGGGUAAGUUCUGCUGAGGAGGCCGCCUCUUAGUGUGUGUGUGUGCGCCACCCCGGCUGAGGCCCUUUGGCGGCGCCCUUUGGUAGUCCUCCUGUGUGUGUGCGCGCCCCGGCUGAAGGCUGUGUUCUAAUAGUGGCUUCGAAACUAAUAACCCUCUAAUCCGCCCAAAUGCCUAGACUGAGCAAAAAGACGUCGUACUCCUACAUCGGAGUGGUCGAAGGAGAGAGUGAGGAUGCCCAGCGCUUAAGGUUCCAGAUUGAACUGGAAUUUGUCCAGUGUCUGGCCAAUCCAAAUUAUCUCCUCUUUCUGGCCCAGCGUGGUUACUUCAAAGAACAGACGUUUAUCAACUAUCUAAAGUAUCUUCAAUACUGGAAGGAUCCAGAGUAUGCAAAGUACUUGAAGUACCCUAUGUGCUUGUAUUUUUUGGAUCUUCUGCAACACGAGAAUUUCAGGAAAGAAAUUGUGAAUGGUCAGUGCUGCAAGUUUAUUGAUGAUCAGACUGUGUUACACUGGCAGCAUUAUACUCGUAAACGGAUGAAAUUGUUGGAAAAACUGUGCUAAACCCAACAAGGGUCAAACAAACA